AUGGCUGCUGAAUUGGAAGAUCAAUCACUUCCCUUCUACGGGGGCCACGAACUUGCAGCACGCCUUAUAAGUAGCCUGCAAACUCAUAAUUGCGGAGCUACCACCAGUCCGGCUGUGACUUUUGACGUCAGGGCAUCUUCGCUUCCUCGAGACGGCUCUAGCGGUGGUGGGAGUGGCGGUGGCGGACAAAUUGCUUCCCUGUUGCCCAGUCCCUGGUCAGCUUUUCCGUCCAAUGCAUUUCUUGCAGCAGCAGCAGCUGCUGCCAUUUCAACGAAGACACCAACGAUGAUGGUUAACACAUCAAAGUGUCUUCAGGAGGCGAUUUCAAUGAGUACACCCUCAGCAGCUGAUAUCCACCCAAUUCCCGAGAAACUAAGCGACUCCCGAUUUGGAUAUCAUCUUUCGGGUCACUUUUACAAAUCUUCUCAACAGAAGGAUCACUUACCUUCCCUAUCCAAAUCCUUCAACCGCUUUUACCCCAAUAAUUCAUCCGAUUUAUCGGCCAAGAAAAAGCGUCGUCUACGAGGUCUUGGUGUAACUCCACAAUCAUCAUCCGCCAAGGGCACACCUGCCUAUUGUGAAUCACUUGGCAUCGUCACUAACAGCACCAACACCGCCCCGCCAAUGGCCUCUGUUUCUUCUGCCGAUGUCCACUCUUUUUUGUCUGGGCACUGUGUUAAUGCAGAAUCAGUAACAUUGCUAGUGGUGGCAGGAGGAGGAGAAGGAGGAGGUGACAACACACUCGCGUGUCUUACGGGUGCCCCGUCCCAGCUGAACAGACGGAAUUCAAGAUUGGGUGAACGCGGACGUCGUUCACGUGUGGUGAUCCAUCAAAUCGGUGAUGCAGAGGAUCACUUCUCAAAGGCUCUUCGUAACCUUCAUGUCAAGUCAGCGGGCGAGUACGAGAUACCCGAGGGCACUAAAAAACAAAAACGGGUAUGGACACUGACGAGCACUUUUGACGACGGUAGAGGACCUAUCGAGGCUUCGGUUGUGAGCCCCACCUUCGAGUCACAAAAUAUUGCCGAUUUAGCGGUGGAGAAACACUUUGAGAAGUCGCUAGCCACCUUCCAUGCUAAACAGGCAGCUGCAGCAGCAGCGGCAGCAGCAUCGGCCAUAGCUUCUACCGAUGAGGAGACAUCCAAGACGUUGCUGGAUUUGACUCAAACAACUUUCAGCCCCUCCUCCCCCUCCACAAAUUCAAGUUCCGAUGGCUCUGCCCUGCUUUCACCGCGAGAAGAAAGCGGUGGAUCCUCAUUUAAUCCGAAAAAGAAAUGGCUUGCUCAGUAUGGAGAUGAUGAGGGUGCACAAAUACGAGUUGGUAGAAAGGGCGGCACUUGGAGCUUGGAUGACAAUUCCUGGAACUCCAAGAAUACCACUCCUUCGACUAAUGUCGAGAAACGUUCGAGGAGCUGUCCCCUUCUUCGUAGUGAAUGUACACAUUCUGUAAAAACCCUUUCGCAUUGCAAGCACAAGUGCGAGACGAAUUCCAAUCAGGAUACCACUAAACCCAUGGAACUUUCGCAGACAGUAGCAGCACAAUCGUCAAUUUCCUCUCUCCAAUUACCCCAGAGAGGAUUUUUGACUUUGGCACGAACAAGCAGUCUAGAGGUGCCCUCGCUUGGCAACAGUAUUGACUUUUUCGAUGAUGAAGACGAAGCUGUUGUGGCUUCCAAAUCAAUAUCGGCUCGUGAGAGUCCCAUCUCUUCACCUAUUGCUGCCUCCUCGGGUUUCUUCACCGAUUCCACCUACUCACUUGACUCGUCAACACUCCCGGUGAUAUCUGAGGCGGGAUAUUUCAGCUCUAACGCAUCGGUUAGCUCCAGCUUCAAAGUGAGACAUCUCGCCGUCCUGCGAGAGAGUGCUACAGCAGCACGACCGAAAGAGCGAAGUAUGUGCGGUUGUGAAUCGGAAGACAUAGUUGAGAGGAACGGCACAAGCCCUAAUGGGCGCUGUUGGCAACUCCGAAAACGCACCGCUUCGGAUACAAGUGAUAUCUCCUGUCUUAAACGCUCUCGGUCGGUUGUCGACACGGGUUGUGGAGAGCAUGCAUAA